GCCUUCUUCUAAAUGCAAAAUCAAAAUAACUAAUCCAUUCAUUUAUCAAAACUACUUUUAUAAUCAUACUAUCAUCUAGCUACGACGAAUUAAUAGCAAAAACCUUAUUAGAAAAAAAAAUAAAAUUAGAAAACAUAAUCACAAAAUAAAAUUCUGUUAUUCAAUGAGGAAACUGUGUCCAAAUUUUGAUAAGGUAGAUGGAUUGGAAACGGUGUUGGAGGUUCCUAUACCGGAAGACAUGUGGACUGAAAUAGGAAGCACCGGUUCUAAUCGGUGGCAGAAUCUUCGUGCUCUCAUGAAAGCACAAAUUUCUAACGAUAAUUCUUCGCACCUUUCUGCUACUUCUAAUAAUGAAUUCAUUGCAUUGCUUAGACUCGUUGGUUCUCCUCUUAUUCCUCUUCAGGUUCAAUGCGAUCAUACCUUAACUCGUCCCCUCAAAGAUUCCAACAUCGAAGCUUCUAGUGCGAAGUAUAUAGUGCAGCAAUACAUAGCUGCAACAGGAGGAGUGGGAGCAUUGGAUUCACUGAAGAGUAUGUAUGCAGUGGGGCAAGUGAGGAUGUUUGGGUCAGAAAUGCGUGAGGGAGAUGAUAGCAUUCAACCAAUUGGGAGGGCUGAAGUGGGAGGUUUUGUGUUGUGGCAAAAGAACCCAGAUUUGUGGCACUUUGAAUUGGUUGUAUCUGGUUUCAAGGUUAGUGCAGGGAGUGAUGGGAAGAUAGCAUGGACUCAGUCUUCCUCUCAUCCUUGUCAUGCUAAUAAAGGUCCUCCUAGACCUCUUCGCCGCUUCUUUCAGGGAUUGGACCCGAGAUGUACAGCAAACUUGUUUGUAGACGCUGUAUGUGUAGGAGAGAAAACAAUUAACAAAGAAGAUUGUUUUCUACUCAAGAUAGAAACUGCACAUGACAUCCUCCAAGCACAAAGCACAUCACACACAGAUAUCAUUAGACACACAUUGUGGGGAUACUUUAGCCAACGAACAGGGUUACUUGUCAAAUUUGAAGAUACCAAGUUGGUGAGAAUGAAAGCAUCCAAAGGAAAUGAAUCUGUUUUUUGGGAAACAAGCAUCGAGUCGGUGAUUGAAGACUAUAAAUACAUAGAUGGUAUUAAAAUAGCACAUGGUGGCAAGACAGUGGCCAUUUUAUAUAGAUAUGGUUUAGCACAUAAUCACAGGAGAAGAAUUGAAGAGACAUGGAGGAUUGAAGAAGUUGAUUUUAACAUUUGUGGCUUGUCAAUGGAUUGUUUUUUGCCUCCCUCUGAUAUCAAGAAGGAACCAGAUGCAGUAGAGCAAAUUGUAUAGUACGAAAGAGUUAGGAAUUUUCCUUUCCCUUUCCAUCUUUUUUGUCAACCGUAACAAAUUUUUUGUACAUAUUGCAUAGAAGCAAAUUAUAGUUGGAUACAAAAAGUUGUUCUAUUUUUCAUGGAUUUUUGUUCAAUGUUUAGCACGAAAAAAGUUAGCUUG